AUGGUCUUGUUCUGUAGCCCAGGUUGGUUUCAAACACAUGACCUUCCAGCAUCAGCCGUGGGUGAUUCUUCUAAUCGGCCCAACUCGCCCGGAGCACACGACCACCACUGCAGCCCGACCCCGCGCCCCCCUCCCCCUUUCCUCCCGAUCCCGGGAGCUCUUGGCCCCGCCCAGGCCCCGCCCAGGCCCCGCCCCCGCCCGCAGGCCCCGCCCCUCGCCCGCCCGCCCGCGUCUCGGUCUCUCCACCUCCCGGGGCCGCGCGGCCGGAGCUGGCUCCGAGGAGCGGCGGCCCUGGCGGCCUCCGGGUUGGGGACUCCAUCGCUCCGUUGCACCCCGGGCCCCGAGAACGCCCGCCGUUCCGGGCUGCCUGCGGCAGUCGAGCUGUCCCGGGAGCGUCCGCUGUUCCCCGAGGGCGGGCGUGUCCCGGCGGUGCGGGGCGCGGGCUCCCGGCGCGGCGGAGGACCAGGAGCGGGGCUGCUGCGUGCGGGGCGCGGGCAUCGCGGGCGCCGCCGGGCCUCGAACUCUCCACCUCCGCCUCCGAUGGCGCCCGCCGCAGCUGGAAGACCCUGUCGCAGUCUACCUUAGAAAGGAGUGUCAUGAAAAAGGAACAGAAAGGAGGC